GCAAAGCCCAAUGUAGAAAUGUGGUCGAAGCCCAUAACUGAAGAAGGCAAAGCAUGUCUAAAACCCUAAACCUCCGUCGUCGUCGUCGGAGAGCACAGAAAUGAGAGGGAUCAACGGAGUCAUGAAGAAGGCUCUUGGAGACAUGGAGUUCACCGCCGGCGGUGGAGCCAUCAAUUGGUUCCCCGGCCACAUGGCUGCAGCCAUACGUGCCAUUCGCCAUAGACUGAAGCUCGCGGACAUGGUCAUCGAGGUUAGGGAUUCCCGAAUUCCCUUGUCCUCGGCCAAUCAAGACCUCCAGCCUCAUCUCUCUUCCAAACGCCGCGUCAUUGCCCUCAACAAGAAAGAUUUGGCUAACUCUAAUAUCAUGAAUAAAUGGGUUGACUUUUUUGACUCAUGCAAUCAAGAUUGCAUACCAAUUAACGCUCACAGUAAGAGUUCUGUUCGGAAGCUUCUCGAGCUUGUGGAAUUUAAACUAAAGGAAGCAAUUUCAAGGGAACCUACUCUUCUUGUUAUGGUCGUUGGUGUUCCGAAUGUUGGGAAGUCAGCUUUAAUUAAUUCAAUCCAUCAAAUUGCUUCUGAACGCUUUCCAGUGCAGGAGAAAAGGAAGCGAGCUACUGUUGGUCCCUUGCCUGGGGUUACUCAAGAUAUAGCUGGCUACAAGAUUGCUCAUCAACCUAGCAUAUACGUUCUAGACACUCCUGGUGUAUUAGUUCCAAGUAUCCAAGAUACCGAGACAGGGCUGAAACUAGCACUUGCAGGAUCUGUCAAGGAUGAAGUGGUGGGUGAGGAGCGGAUUGCUCAAUAUCUUCUGGCUGUUCUGAAUUCUCGAAGGACUCCUUUGCAUUGGAGGAGACAUUUGAAUAACAGAAGAAUGGAAGGUAUUCAAUAUGAACCAGAGGAAAGACACAGAUUUAAUCUUAAUGACCUCCAGCCAAAGAGGAGGGCUCCUCCAAAUAAGUCUGAUGCGGUAUAUGUUGAGGAUCUUGUAACUGAAGUUCAAUGCGCUCUGUACACAACUCUAUCGGAAUUUGAUGGUAACGUUGAAGACGAGAAUGGUUUAGAAAGUCUUAUAGAAGUGCAGUUUGAAGCAUUGCAGAAAGCGAUGAAGGUGUCACAUAUGGCAGCAGAAGCUCGUUUGAGAGUAUCGAAGAAACUACUUACUCUAUUCAGGGCAGGUAAGCUUGGUCAAUUCAUCCUUGAUGAUGUCCCUAUCACAAAAAUUUCUUAGGAACUUAAUAUUCUUCGUGUUUUGUUGUUUUAAUGGUGAUUUAAUUAGUAGAGCUAUUAGUUUGUAUUUUGCAUCGUCAACUCAUUGUAAUAUAUUGGUUUAGUUA